GUUGCUUUCAUGUAAGCAGGAGGCUACCACACCUGUUUAGCAGAACGUCUUUAGUUAUUAUCUUGGUGUUACAAAGUACGCUACAUCCUAGUGCAAGCGCAGUGUUCCAUUGUGUUUCAUUAAGACCUAAAGGCUAAAUGGAAUUAAUCUUCCUGGCUUUCUUCGUACUUUAUUGAUUUCGUACUGUUAGAUCAAUGGAGACAACAUUAGACGCAGCAGAGCUUUUUUAUUCAAGUGUCGUUAUAUGAUUUUGUUCGGAGCUCUUGGGGCUGAAAUGGCCCCGCGGCAUCUCACAUAAACCGCACCUGCAUCACGUACGGUAAUAUUCUAUUGGAGGUGGAGAUUAACAUUUGCAGUUACACAGCUAUCAUUCCAUUGAACACUGGGACUCACUGCAAAACAUGUUGAUUAAUCUGGCCGAAAUGUAUUAAGAUACAGUUAUCAAUAUUGUAAGUUUUAAUUGAUCUUGAAACUCAGUCCUGUAGUUCUCAGCAUCGCUACUUCCAAAACGCAGAACACCAUUUUGGAAACAAUAGCUGUUCAUAAAAAGGUUUUGCAUCGGUAUUAGAUCGGCCUCUUUAAUUCCUAUAGACUUGGUGGUCACAGUUUUCGAGGACCAGUCAACAUCUCAAAGGGGAAACAUUCGGCUCAGGUUCAAACGCAAUUCCAAAAGUGGUCGCAACCAGUACGACUUCCCAAUUUGCCGUAAAAACACUAACAUAAUUGUGAUCUGAUUCGAAAGACGACGAAAAUUAAAUGUAAUUCGCUUUUUGUUAUAGCUGAAUUAAUUUCGUCUAAGAAAGGUAAGCUAUCAAUAUUCUGAGCCUUCUGCUUUGCUGUGGAGCAGCCCCCUUCUUGGUCUGGGGAGUGCGCUAUAAGAGUGCGCUAUGCUAAUAACAACUGGUCUCUGACAGUCAGUGUUUCACCAUAAACACGGGGUCUUCCUAUAGCAUUUCUAUCGGAACGCCGUAAAAGACUAAUUUCCUGCGCUCUGACAGGGGGGUUUGGGGUGGUCGCGAAAAGUGAACGACAACCUCUCUAGAGUUCACUCACUCAAAGACCGCGGUUCAUGAAGAGGAGUGGACGAGUUUUCUCACAACUGGAUUUUGCAUCAGUGAUUGGAAAUACAACUUGGUUAGAAAAUAUGGAAGUACAGUCAUGUUUCCUCCGUCGCCAGAACGACCGGACCUUAAUAUUUGAAUUUUAACAUUAUUUAUUGUUCGGCUGGGGUUCAAACCCAACCCAGACCCGAGAGCAUCAGUGAUCAGAGAAGCAAGCAACACAGCCAACCUGUUUACAGACGGACAGACAAGUUCAGAUUUUCACUUUAAUGUGCAGACCUUCUUAACAUCAGAGUGGAGCAGUUACUUUUUCUUUCAUUGAAAAGUCGUAUGCAGGCUCAUUCAAAGGAUUGUAUUUGUACAGAGGCCUGUUGAGGACAUGCCAGUGAAACUCAGAGUGGAUUGAUUAAAAAAAAUCAGAUUGAAAAAAAAACCCCCAGCAGCUCCCUUUUGCCCCCGUAGGGUAAGAACCGAGAGAAGAGUCCUCUCCCUGAGGAGGAAGGAAAAGAAGCUUACUCUCCACCUUUCUUCCUGAUGCCUUCUGAGGGACUUCUCUAUGGACAGGCUCACUCCUUGUGUCAGUCUGCUUAGCUCUCGGAGAAACCUCCCUUCACCCCCGGCCAAGAGAGAGAGCCAGAUAGUGAGUGAAACACUCCAGUCAAAGAAGUAAAAAAUUUCAAAGGAGAUAUCCCUGAAGUAAUUAGUAUUUUCUGUCGUGCUGCCAAAGCCACUGAGAGAUACGAGAGCAGAUUUUUGAAGAUUUUUUGAGUUUUGCUCCAGAAGGGAUAUCGCAGUUAACCUAUAACACUUCUCAGGGUUGUGUUUUUUCCAAAUUUUUUUCCCUCUGGUUUUCAUUUUGACUUCGAGGCAAACAGGCGUGUUUUUGAUGAGAGUCUAGCCUUCACCAUGUCUGUGCCUGGGGGCCGUUUGAUAGACUUCAUUACCUGGCGCCGGCGAGGCAGCAGCAGCGGCGGCUCUUGUCGGCUGCUGAUUGUGGCGGCCUGGGUACUCCUACUCCUCGUGGCGGUCAGUCGGGCGGCAAAGCCCCGGGCGCCGGGCCACACGCACCUCAACUCCAUCCGCAUUGACGGCGACAUCUCCUUGGGCGGCCUGUUCCCGGUGCACGCCCGUGGCCAUGACGGCAAGGCCUGCGGUGAGCUGAAGAAGGAGAAGGGCAUCCACCGGCUGGAGGCUAUGCUCUUUGCGCUGGACCGCAUCAACAACGACAACGAGCUGCUGCCCAACAUCACGCUGGGUGCGCGCAUCUUGGACACGUGCUCGCGCGACACCCACGCCCUGGAGCAGUCUCUCACCUUCGUGCAGGCCCUCAUCGAGAAGGACAGCACAGAUGUCAAGUGCCUGAGCGGCGGGCCGCCCAUCAUUACCAAGCCAGAGCGCGUGGUGGGCGUCAUCGGAGCCUCGUCCAGCUCCGUGUCCAUCAUGGUGGCCAACAUCCUGCGUCUCUUUAAGAUUCCCCAGGUGAGCUACGCCUCCACGGCUCCCGAGCUGAGUGACAACACUCGCUACGACUUCUUCUCGCGCGUGGUGCCCCCAGACACCUAUCAGGCGCAGACCAUGGUGGACAUCGUCAGGUUCAUGCGCUGGAACUACGUCUCCACCGUGGCCUCGGAGGGCAGCUACGGGGAAAGCGGCGUUGACGCCUUCAUACAGAAGGCAAGAGAAAAUGGAGGAGUGUGCAUCGCCCAGUCAGUGAAGAUUCCUCGAGAGCCCAAACCAGGAGAGUUUGAUAAAAUCAUAACCAGACUCCGGGACAACCCCAAUGCUCGUGUGGUCGUUUUAUUCGCAAGUGAAGAUGAUAUCAGGCAACUUCUACAGGCUGCUAAGAAUGCCAGUGGACCAGGUCACUUCAUUUGGAUAGGAUCUGACAGCUGGGGGGCAAAGAUAUCCCCAGUGUUGCACCAGGAAGGGAUGGCAGAAGGAGCCAUCACCAUCCUACCCAGGCGUCAGUCCAUCAAAGGGUUUGAUCGCUAUUUCAUCAGCCGGACCCUGGACAACAACAGGAGAAAUAUUUGGUUUGCCGAGUUCUGGGAGGAUAACUUCCAGUGCAAACUCAGCCGGCAUGCCCUGAAGAAAGGAUCAGGCAUCAAAAAAUGCACAAAUCAUGAACGGAUCGGGAAAGACUCUAAUUACGAGCAAGAGGGCAAGGUGCAGUUUGUGAUCGAUGCCGUCUACGCCACAGCUCAUGCCCUGCACAACAUGCACAAGGAGCUGUGCCCAGGACGAGUCGGCCUCUGCCCAGCCAUGGAAACCAUCAACGGCACCGCGCUUCUUAAAUACAUCCGCAAGGUCAACUUCACAGGUAUUGCUGGUAUUCCUGUUGUCUUCAAUGUGAAUGGAGACGCCCCUGGUCGCUAUGAGAUCUUCCAGUAUCAGAUAAAGAACCAAACUAAAGAAUACAAAUUCAUUGGACAUUGGACCGACCAACUUCAUUUAAAUGUCAAAGAUAUACGGUGGCCCGGAGGCUCACGCGAGACGCCCACCUCUAUCUGUAGCCAGCCCUGCCGCGCAGGCGAGCGCAAGAAGUCGGUGAAGGGCAUGCCGUGCUGCUGGCACUGCGAGCGCUGUGACGGCUACCAGUACCUGGCCGACACGCACGUCUGCAAGAUGUGCCGCUUCGACCUGCGGCCCAACGAGAACCACACGGCGUGCCAGCCCAUCCCCAUCAUCAAGCUGGAGUGGGGCUCCCCGUGGGCCGUCAUCCCCGUGCUCAUCGCCAUCGUGGGCAUCAUGGCCACCUUCUUCGUGGUGAUCACCUUCAUGCGCUAUAACGACACGCCCAUCGUGAAGGCGUCGGGCCGCGAGCUCAGCUACGUGCUGCUGACGGGGAUCUUUCUGUGCUACGCCACCACCUUCCUGAUGAUCUCCACCCCAGAAGUGGGCAUCUGCUCCCUCCGACGGAUCUUCCUCGGCCUGGGCAUGAGCAUCAGCUACUCGGCGCUGCUGACCAAGACCAACCGCAUCUACCGCAUCUUCGAGCAGGGCAAGAAGUCGGUGAGCGCGCCUCACUUCAUCAGCCCCGCGUCUCAGCUCGUCAUCACCUUUAGCCUGAUCGGCGUGCAGCUGCUCGGCGUGUGCGUCUGGUUCGGCAUGGACCCGUCCCCCCUGGCCAUCAUCGACUACGAGGACCAGCGCACGGCCAACCCGGACCUGGCGCGGGGCGUGCUCAAGUGCGACAUCUCGGACCUGUCGCUCAUCUGCCUGCUCGGCUACAGCAUGCUCCUCAUGGUCACGUGCACGGUGUACGCCAUCAAGACGAGAGGGGUGCCCGAGACUUUCAACGAGGCCAAGCCCAUUGGCUUCACAAUGUACACAACGUGUAUUAUCUGGCUUGCUUUCAUACCCAUCUUUUUUGGAACCUCGCAAUCAGCGGAAAAGUUGUACAUUCAGACGACCACGCUGACCAUAUCAGUGAGCCUGAGUGCCUCUGUGUCCCUGGGGCUGCUCUACAUGCCCAAAGUGUACGUGGUGCUCUUGCACCCGGAGCAGAAUGUGCCCAAGCGCAAGCGCAGCCUCAAGGCUGUGGUCACCGCCGCCACCAUGUCCAACAAGUUCACCCCCAAGGGGGGCCUGAGACCCAACGGGGAGGCCAAGUCGGAGCUGUGUGAGAGCUUGGAAACACAAGAUUAUAGCGAGGGUGGGGAGCCCGGUGAGGGACUGUAGACAGACGCCCAGCUUUGUCUUCAAAGCAGACGUACAUCAGCUACAGCAACCAUGCCAUCUAAGAGCGACAGAGGACCCCUGUCACUCCUCUGUGUGGCCUGUCUUUCAGCUGAAGACUAGAAAUGAUAUCAAGAGGCAGCAAAGGAUGAUGGGCAGCAGCAAAAAAAUAAAUGAUACAAGGAAGAAUCAAAGAAUAUUUUGGAUCCUUUCUUUUCCAUUUCAACUCAUACAGGCAAUGUAAGAGGGGGACCUGCCACAGAAAUGACAGUGAAAUCUCCCUUCCCUCAGCCCAUCCAUCGGGUUUCCAAGGUAACAGUGAAGACAGUGUUUUCCUUCUGGAGUUUAUAUUGUGUCUUCGUCAUGAUGGUUUUGUUCAAGCUUGACUUAUGUGAAGUUAUUUUUUUUAUAUAUUUUUAAUGUUCGUGAACAAUUUUUUGCUAUUGUGUCUGCAGUGGAGAAUUUCUGUGUUCAGCUUUAUUUUGAAGGAAGGGCUGCAAAGAUUCACAACCUCUUUGGCACCAAGAAAAUAUCCAUGAAGCUCUUUCUUUUGAAGUUCACACACAUUGUAUUGGUGGCUGAUUGCAAAUUGUCCUGUCCAUUAUGUCUGGAGAGCUAAUUUAGUGUCAGUGCCGUAGUAACAGCUAUUUCACAUCACAAAGGAUGAUGACUCUGCUCGUUGUGGAUUCACAAGCAAAACAAGAGGCAAAGAUUAUAUGCAAUGUCCAAAUAGUCACUGACACACACACACACAUAUACACACAAACAAACAAACAAACAAACAUACGCACACA